CCUUUUUGUUUUCCGGCAGAGCCGCUGUGUAGGAUACUCUCCUGAUUUUAAUGCACCCUUAAAAAAAAAAAACCUCUGCAAUGUCAGACUGUGAUCUAUCUCAUCAGAGGCACAGCCAGAAUAACCACCUCUGUGGAGGAUAUGAGGGUCCAGAGGAUGGAGGCAGGAGGCUGAAGAGGAGAGAGAAGAAUCGAGUUGCAGCCCAGAAGAGCCGAAAGAGACAAACACAGCGAGCUGACCUUCUGCAUGAGGCAUGUGAGCUGUUGGAGCAAAGAAACAGAAAGCUGAAAAGAGAGGUGGAUUCUCUGUCUGAGGAGCAGCGCCUGCUGACCGAGGCUCUCAGGGCCCACGAGCCUUUCUGUCCUAUCAUGCACUGCUCCUUCGCCUCCUCCACCUCCUCCAGUUUGCAGCCUGACACCAUGUCAGCCUGUUCAGUCUGAGGCAAAUAAUCUUUCUACCCCUUGUGUAAUUCAGCAGUGCACCCCCUGGAGGGCGGUGUUGACCAUGAUCAGAGACGAAGCGGCGCGAGGCACUGCUGAACUCUGCUGGCAACACUCGUAAUCACAGUGAGGAGUUUCCUCUGGUGGCUGAACCUUUCUAUACAGCAGCCCACGUCCAUCAUGUUAAUACAGUAACAGAUUCUGUCAUUCAUGAUUUACAGACUGAACUUUGCUGUAUGAGUGUAAAACCUUUAUUCUAGCCACAGCUGUCACAAAGAACUAAAUACAUAUUUUCCAAAGAAUAAA